AUGAGAGGCCGCCGAGCGCCUCCUACUUCUCAGCCCAGCUCUUCAGGCCCCGAAGAGUCGGGAGUGGAAAGGGCCCCCACCCCCCGGACACCUGUGGCGCCGAAGAAUGGCAGUGCCGUAGAGAAGCGGAGGCUUCGCAAUCGUCUUUCGCAGCAAGCAUUUCGAGCUCGACAGAAUCUCGAAAUAAGUGAACUAAAGCAACGUCUAGCCCAGUUUUCCGGUUCCGAAAGCGAGCGCAACACCUUUCUCGUCCAGGAGAAUCAAGACUUGCGCCAACGGCUGUGGCGCUGUGAAACCAGUCUACGAAGUCUCCAGGCGACCUUGACGGGUAUCGUCGACUCGGUGGCAGAGACAAACAAAGGUGGUCUGAACAAUCAAGAUCACCGAGACGUGUAUCCUGUCGGUCCUGACCGAGGAGAUGCCAGCCGCAACGUAGAUUCAGCGUCGCCCGAGCCGCGGCCCCCAGCAGCGGAUGACAGUAGUUCCAGCAGAGUAGCGCUAUCAGGAAUGAAACAGGAAGGUGAGAACGGCACCACAUUGGACGUCUCCCUCGUCGAUGUGGACGAUGCCCCCAACAUCGCUGAGUUCGACGCCACCAGCACAGUCCUUGAGAUGGGAUUGAACUACACAACAAACGAACUGGCAGCUCCUCUAAUCGACACAUCAAGAGAAUCGUCUCUGCGAAAGCAGACCACAGAUAUUUCAUCAGACAAGGAUGCCAUCGACACCAGUGCCACCACGCUCCCAGGCACGAAUGCCCCCGGACAUGUGCCGAAAUUGCCUCCUAUCUCUACCAUCCAGACCUUUACAUUCACACCAGCCCGUGAGCUGCAGUUGCCGUUGGUGUCGAACUCUUCCGGGCAUUCCGAACACAUCGACGCCUACGAAAUGUGUGCGAUGGCUACUUGUCUGAGGGACCGACGCGACGUAGAUCCUCUUGUUCUCCUGCCAAUUGUAUCUGGCCUCAUAUCUGCCUUCGUCAAGUUCGCAUGGUCCGAGAUGGAGCCGUGGAUCAAAUAUGUCAAUGGGCCUGAUAGCUUGGCCAAAGUUACCCUGUGGCGGAUGGCUCCAGGCCCUGACACCUAUUCUGCGAUCCCGCCGUGUUUCCGCCCUACGCGGUUACAGGUGGCUGUGCCACAUCCAUCCUUCAUCGACUGGUGUGUGUUCCCUUUUCUCCGGGACAAGCUCAUCCAAUAUCACUCGGGAAACUCGGCCCUGGAUGAAAUCUGCAGCGACGUCGGUCUCGCUUAUGCCAUCCAAGCCGAUCUGUCCGAGCUCGUCGCUGGCGCCGAGUCCCUGUUGGUCAAUCUCAGCGUCCACGAGAUCAUCUACGGGAUCGACCAUUUUCCCUCGUGCUACGAGUUCCAUAGCUCCACUAAUUUGCCCGAGGUCAACCUACCAGCGCCAAACAUUUACACUCUGCUGCAUUCCAAAGAAUACGCAUGGUCGCUGUAUAAACACCUGCGGAUCUCCGAGAGGAUCGAAGACUUCCGGGUCGACCCGCGCUUGUUCGUCAAAUAUCCGGAAUUCUUCGAGCUCGACGAGAAGGUGGCCCAAGGGAUCCCUCUCAGAUCCAGCAACAAGGUUCCUUGGCCAAAGGCCCGCCCGCUGGACAAGACAAUGAUGGACUAUUAUCGCGGUUGUACCUCGGGGCGCACCGAUCAGACGGGUCACCAACUGUCCCUACAACUUUAA